CUUCAUUUUCAAGGGCUUUAACACUUGAAACCCAGAUGAGUUAAAAACAACAGACAGGCAACAGCUUAAUAAGUUCAAGACAUGUUGGUUUUGGUCAAUCAUUAGCGUGUAUAACCGAGUCGCAACAUGCCGUCCUCGCUGCGAAUAUCUUCGCAUUAUUCUUGAACAAGAUGCGGCGAACACAUGGAACCGACCGGCUCUCAUUUGCUCUAGAUAUUUGAGCAUGUCUAGAAAACAUCGAGGGCAUUGUAAUCUUCAGCGAGCAACAGUUAGGUUUCGUCUCGGUCAAGCUCUUCCUAUAAAAACAAGGCCCAGGUGAGAAAGCUAGAACUCAAACCUGUCUUCACACAAAGAACACAAAAGGGAGGUAAAUUUUCAUCAGCUUCAAAGUGUCCAUCAUGGCCAAGUAUGAGCUCGUCGCGGCAUUAGUCCUUGGUUUGUCUCUUCUCGGCUUAACGAGCGCCGGCGAUCCCGACAUUCUCACCGACUUUGUGGCCCCGAACGGCACUGUCGUUGACGGCAGCUUCUUCACGUUCACCGGCAUGAGGUCUCUCAUAAACGCCGAACCCCCGACCACGUUUACGGUGACCAAAGCGAGCGCAAAGGAGUUCCCCGCUCUCGAAGGGCAGAGCGUCUCGUACGCGGUCCUCGAAUUCCCGGGCGGUGCGGUGAACCCCCCGCACACGCACCCCCGUGGGUCGGAGCUCCUGUUCCUCACUUAUGGGACGCUCGAGGUCGGGUUCGUGGACACCACCAACACGCUGUUCACUCAGACCCUCCAGACCGGUGACAUGUUCAUAUUCCCCAAGGGGCUAGUCCACUUCCAGCUCAAUACCAACCAGACCGGCAACGCCGUGGCAGUCUCCGCGUUCGGAAGCGCGAGCGCGGGACUGGUGUCGGUCCCCGUGGCCGUGUUCGAGACCAACAUCGACAGCGGAAUCCUGGCUAAAUCCUUCAAUACUACUGUCGACACCAUUCAAGCGCUGAAGGCUGGCCUUGCACCAACCCCACCCACCAAAGCAUGAGAGAGUGAGACAGACGAGAGAGAUCACCUUCUAACAAAACAAUGUGAUGUUUGUUCCUGCAAAUUAUAUUCUAAAAGCGUUCAGUGUUAAA